AUGAGUCUCAUUCAGGUAGUGAAUUUCCAGGAGCAGUUUUCCAUAUCUGAUGUUGGUCGACUUUAUAAAAUUCCCAAGGAAGAGGUCGAGGCUUUGGGCUACAAGCGAAUGCUUCCACGUUUUCUUGCAAGGCAGUAUGAUACUCUUGAUGAAUUGGUGACAAUGAUAAGAGAGCCACUGAUAGAGGUAUCAAUGUGCAUGAACGCAGUGCGGCAGUCUUUUCCCGCUCUUCGUCUAGUCUUAUGGGGCCCUUUCGGCACUGGGAAGUCAGUGACCUUAAACCAAGCGGUUCAUCUCGCCUACACAAAAAAGAUGGUCGUCAUCCAACUGUGGAGUGCAAUGUUGCUAACGCGCGAUGUGAACGAAGUGGAGAUGUCCACGUUCAAACAAGGGCGUAUUAAUGAUCCUGCAAAUGCUGUCGCUAUUCUUCAGCAGUUCAAAGAACAGGCAGCCCUUGCUCCUAUGAGCCUAUUCCCUCCCUACACUCGCAUUGCUCUGUUUGUUGCUAUUGACGACACGAAUUCUCUCUGGGGUAAGACUUUGGUCAAAAAAGCUGACAGGAGCUAUAAUCAGCACGUUUGGAAGACUCUGAGUGAACUGAAGACAGAACGCGACUAUGUAUGGACAAGAAACGAGCGUACAGCUGUUGACAAGCCCAUAACAGACAUCGUUGAAAUUCCCUUUCUACCAAUCGAAACUAAACAAUACACGAAAGGAGAAGUCAGUAACAUGUAUCAGUAUUACUACGAUAAGAGGAUGGCUUACAACCGAGAAAGCUCGGCCGAGAGAUGA